CAAUUCAUAAGAAAACAUUCAAACUGUGAUCUCUCUCUCUCUCUCUCUAUCAUCGUAAGUCUUAAUUAGAAGUACUAGUAUUACGUACUAAAUAUAUUUAAUUAAGAUGAAGGUGAUGAGAGGUUAUAAGAUUACUGGUAUUUUUCUUGUUGUUUCUUUAUUACUGCUGGCAGUUGUUAUUGAUGGCGCUGCUGCUAAAAAGGUAAAUUAUAAGAAAGUGAAAAAUAAUGAUAAGAAAAAUAAUGGAGGAGGAAAAGGAGUAGGAGGAGGUAAAGGAAAAGGAAAAGGAAAAGGAGAAGGAAAAGGAGAAGUGGGAGGAGGAGGAAAAGGAGAAGGAAAAGGAGAAGUAGGAGGAGGAGGAAAAGGAGGAGUGGGAGGAGGAGGAAAAGGAAAAGGAUUAGGAGGGCUUUACAUGAACUUUUAUGGGGAAAGUUGCGAGAAUCUUGAGCAAACAGUACAAGAUAUUACUUGGGCAAAGGUUCAAGCAGAUGCAACCAUGGCUCCUAAGCUCCUAAGGCUGCAUUACCACGAUUGCUUCGUCAGAGGUUGUGAUGCAUCGAUAUUGAUCGAUCCCAAAGAUGGGAAAAACACAACAGAGAAGUUUGCGCCCCCAAAUCGGUCUGUAGCUGGAUACGAAGUGAUUGAUGAAAUUAAAAACACUCUUAAGACACAAUGCCCUAAAACCGAAGUUUCUUGUGCUGAUAUUGUUGCCUUGUCAGCCAGAGAUGCUGUGUCUUUCCAAAGCAAAAGGCCUCUGUGGCCAGUUUAUACAGGAAGGAGAGACGGAAGAGUGUCCGUAGCUUCAGAAGCUUCAAGGGACUUGCCUGCUGGAUCAUCAAAUUUCACCACUCUUUCUAAACUCUUUGCUAGAUUUCGUCUUGACGAUACUGAUCUCGUUACUUUAUCUGGUGCUCACACAAUUGGAGUGACACAUUGCACAUUCAUAUUCCGGAGGCUAUACAACUUCACCGGCAAAGGAGACACUGAUCCAGCUUUUGACCCAGUGUUUGCAAAGGAGCUAAAGAAGAGGUGCCCACCACGGGCAUCAAUCCUUCCAAUUUCGGUGGAUUUGGACAGCCACAGCGCUCUCUCCUUCGACAGCAAUUACUAUAAUAGUAUUUCCACCAAUAAAGGUGUGUUGUCAUCUGACGCCGCUCUUCUCACAAACCCGGCCUCCGCUGCCCUAGUCGCAAAGUUCAAAAACUUCAACAACUUCAUCGAAGCUUUUGCUAAAUCCAUGGUCAAAAUGGGCUCCCUUAAUGUUCUUACUGGUAAAAAAGGAGAAAUCAGGCAGAAUUGUCGAGUCAUCAACAAAUAAUUAAUAAUAUAGUACAAAGUAUUAUUUACAUAUUGUUCUAUAUAUAAUUAUUAAUAAUAA